UCCAAAUUUAUAAGCCACAAUAAUUAUAAUUUGUGGCUAAUUUUAUUGCUUAAUUGUAUCAUUAAGUCAUGAAGCAACAACAACCAGCAAUGGGAGUUCCGGUGGCCGUGCCGAAUGUUCCUCCAUUUCAACCCCUGAAUCAACCCGGUGCUGCUGUUGCAAACUUCUCUACCGGUCUUUGUGAUUGUUUCUCUGAUCCUUCUCUUUGUUGCAUGACUUGUUGGUGCCCAUGUAUCACAUUUGGACGAAUAGCCGAGAUAGUUGAUAGAGGCUCCUCAUCAUGUGGAGUGAGUGGGGCGUUAUAUGCACUACUUUUGGGCCUGACGGGGUUUCAAUCCAUAUAUUCAUGCGCAUAUCGAUCAAAAAUGAAGGCCCAAAUGGGAAUGCCGGAGGAUUGUUUCGGAGAUUGUUGUAUCCAUUUUUGGUGCGAGUAUUGUGCAUUAUGCCAAGAGUACCGUGAGCUUCAACGCCUAGGCUAUGAUCUUCCCCUUGGUAAUAUAUUACUAGAUGUUGGCAUGGUAAUGUGCAAAGACAAAAUCAAGGAACCGUGAUGGCUCCAUCGGUGCCAGGUGGCAUGACUCGAUAAGCCGGAUGAUUUAUUUUAUGAGUAACCUUGGGAGAUAACUUGAAAAAAAAAUCGUAUAUAUUUGUAAAAUAACAUAAUGAAUGUAUACUAUUCCUUAUGAUGAAUGUAUGUUUUAUGAAAGUGAGGGAUAACUCUAGUGGUUAGAAUUUUCUUCCCGAUUUCAAGUUGAUCGAAUGUAUGUUUUUUUUUUUUUUUUUUUUUACCAGUAUUUGAGAGAGAAAUUAAAUGUAUCAUCUUAUGUGAUUUUAUUCAAGAUUUCUUUGUAAAGUUUGAGCUA